AAGGAGGUUAGUGUAUGCAAGCUUGAAUUGUGUUUGGCUGUGCUGUGUUUCCACAGGUUUUAGAAACUAUCAGUUUGAUUAAAGACGAGCACAGCUCAGACAAGUAGGCAUAAGGACUUUAUAUUUUUCCCUCUCUUGGUAGUGGAUUACACUUUUUAAGGACUAUUGAUACAGAAUCUUCCACUGGACAAGGCCUCACCUGUUGGAUUUGAAUUGAUGUGUGGAAACUGGUCGAAGUGAAUGACAGCAGUGGACUGUGAAGGGUGUAAAAGAUCAUGAUCCCUCGGGUGUGAGAGACAGGUGAGGACAGGUCUGGGCUACCAGUCACCAUGUCUAUCCAGGAGUGCCUGGAGAGCCCAAAGCUUGAGGGUGAGGAGGGCAAAGGAGUGGAGAGAGAGUCGGACAGAGACAGCGCGGUAGAGAGUGGCACGUCGUCAGAGAUAUCGGAUGUAGGGAGACCUGGAGAAAAAGAAGAGGAGCUUGGGCUUUGUCUAAUGGGAGAAAAUUGUGGUCAGAUGUUUAAUCCCUCAGAGACUUCUGAUCAAUCCACACGUUCCUCUGUCUCUUUGAAUGAAGAGCAGUUUGAAGACUAUGGUGAAGGAGAGGAUACAGACUACACUCCCAGCAACCCCUGCCCAGACGACGAGAGCCGCAUUAAUGGAUACUCAGAUUUGGGCUCCUCUGUUUCAUCCAGUGCUGGUCAAACUCCUCGUAAGAUGUGCCAUACUGGUGACCAGAUGGAAGUGUUUUGCUCUCAAUGUUGUAAGAGGGUCAGUCUGCUCAAUGACCUGGAGAACAGACUCAAAAACCUCAAAGCCAACAGACAGCUGCUCCACAACAGUAACCUCAGCAGUAUUAAUGGCAGCACAGAGGAUUUGUUCCAUGACAGCACUGACUCUUGUGAUCUAGGUAUUACUGAGAAGGUGAGUCACUUGGACAGAAAAGUGACAGAGCUGGAAAAUGAGAUUCUAAUGAAUGGUGAAGCGAAAUCCAAGCUGAAACAGGAAAACACACAGUUGGUGCAUAGGAUUCAUGAGUUGGAAGAGCAGCUAAAAGAUCAGGAGACGAGAGCAGAACACAUGAUGGAAGAGGAAAUCAGAAGACACAGAGAGGCCUACAUCCGACUGGAGAAAGACAAACACUCACAGAUAGAGUUGCUCUCUAAUCGAGUACAGCAGCUAGAGGAGGAAAAUGGAGAGAUGGCAGUGAACCUGAACAGACUGAAAUGUCAGACAGAGAAAUUGGAUGAGGAGAGGCAGCGGAUGACAGAUAAACUGGAGGAUACAAGCUUGCGAUUAAAGGAUGAGAUGGAUCUGUACAAGAAGAUGAUGAACAAGCUACGACAGAACAGAAACAAGUUUCAGAAAGAAAGAGAGACCAUGCAGGAGCUUAUUGAAGACCUUCGGCGAGAGCUAGAGCACCUGCAGCUGUACAAGCUAGAGGCAGAAGGAAUGGGGCGUGGUCGCAUAUCUUCCAUCAGCCUAUCAGAAUACAGCACUCGAACACGUGAGAAUGAGUUGGAACAGGAAGUCAAGCGGCUGAAACAGGAGAACCAGAAACUGAGGGAACAGAAUGAAGACCUAAAUGGUCAGCUCCACAGUCUGAGCCUCUAUGAGGCUAAAAGCCUGUUUGCCACACACACAAAAGCACAGUCUCUGGCUAUGGAAAUUGAUCAUGUCUCCCGUGACCAGUUGAUGGAUGCCCUCAAGGAACAAGAGGAUAUAAACUUCCGUCUCAGGCAAUACAUGGACAGGGUCAUUCUAUCCAUUCUGGACCACAACCCAUCUAUUCUGGAAAUCAAAAACUAAAAACCUGUCAAAAGCUGUUAAGAAACUUCAAAGUGGACCUAGAGCUCUCCCUGAGGUAGCAAUAAAGCUCAAACACCUUGUGCUUCUGAAUGGACAGUUUCUACAAUGUGUUUUUGUUUUGUGCACCUUUCACAUACUACAAGAACCUAAAAUAUACUGGUGAAAUAUUUAAUGGGCAUUGUUGCUCUACAACAUGAGGGAGUCACUGGAAUGGCAUUAUGGGUACUGAAUUGCACCAAAUAUUGUGUGAAUAUUUUAACACUGGGUACACAUGCAUACUGUUGGCUUUAUUUUGGAUAGGUGUAUUGAUGAUAUUUGCUAAGUUUGCACUGGGAUGUGAAGAGAUAAUUACCUAGUUGAUGACCAUCAGAGCUUGUCCUGUUGGCUGUUUUGCCGACUGUCCCAUUCAGAGUUGCAGUGUAUGUUUUGUGAGGAGUAGAUCAGAGGAAAGAGAUGUAUCUAGGUGUCCAUUCUGGUCAGUUAAGGAGACAUCUAUUAGAAGAAAAGAGGAGGGGUAAUUGGAACUGUAUGUUUUACUUAUGAAACUUACUAACACUGCCCGUUGUCCAAGAAAAUCAGGCAAUGUACUUUUCCAUGUUUGCAAUAGAAUGUUGGGAUGUUUACCGUAUUCUGACAUUAAGUGCAGUACGUGUGAGAUACAAAGACACUGAAUGAAUGAAAAUGCAGGUGGCUGAAUGUAACUGUCAUUGUGAAUGUACCAAACAAUUAGUAUUUCAGGUUAUUUACAGACUUUUGGAUAAUAGUUUAAGACUUAUCUGUUCAUCAGCGGUGUUUUUGUAAAUACUGUUAAUGGCCUUAUUGGGCCAUUUAGAAAAGAGACUUUCUACUCUUUUUGAUGGCACAUGUUCUUCCAAACUGCAAUAUUUCGUUCUCAAUAAUUUCAAAUGCAACAUUCUCAUGAUUUUCUAUACUGUAUUAGCUAACUAUAUUACUUAUUACAAGCAUCCUCCCAAUUACAUUUUUCUUAUUCCAAAGUCAAUACAUUGUAUGUGAUAACAACAUUGGGAAUAUAAGAUAUUAUACGCUGGUCUACAAUCUUGAUUACAAUUUGAGAAUGUGAAGGUCAGUCAACAUAUUUUCUCACCAUGUCACAUUUCUAUAUAGUAUUUGUGCCUUUCAUUCACAAGUUAAACCCACAGCCACACAUUAAGUAAUUAUUGAGCUACAAUAUGCUUUAUGUUACACUUUAUAACUGUUUUGUGUGCAAUUUCAAAUUGUAUUUACAAAUUGUAAAUAAUGAAAGAACCAUUUCUUUUACUUUGUGUCACUCAUUGCUUUAACAUAGUCUCUCAAAGUUUUUGUUUCUCUCAUCAUUUACUCACCCUCAUGCCAACCCAGAUGUGUAUGACUUUCUUCUGCUGAACACAAAGUUUUUUAGAAUAUUUCAGCUCUAUGACUCACAAUGCAAUUGAAAGGGUACCAAAAUUUUUAAGCUCCAUAAUGCACAUAAAGGGAGCAUAAAAGUAAUCCACAAGACUCCAGUGGUUAAAUCCAUAUCUUCAGAAGCGUGAAGAUAGGUGUGGGUGAGAAACAGGUCAAUAUUUAAGUCCGUUUUUACCAUACAUUUUCCACCCUACCCAGUAGAUGGUGAUAUGGACAAAGAAUGCAAAUCACCAAAAACAAAAGAAGAAUGUGAAAUUGAAAAUGGAGAUUGAUAGUAGAAAAAUGACUUAAUUAUUGAUCUGUUUCUCACCCAAACAUAUCGCUUCUGAAGAUAUGGAUUUAACCACUGGAGUUGGAUGGAAUACUUUUUAUGCUGCCUUUAUGUCCUUUUGGAGCUUCAAAUGUUUGGAAUCCAUUCACAUGCAUUGUGAGGAACUAGAGCUACAGUGCUGAAAUAUUCUUUUAAAAAUCUUUGUGUUCAGCAGAAGAAAGAACGUCAUACACCUUAGGGUGAGUAAAUGAUGAGAUAAUUUUCAUUUUUGGGUGAACUAUCCCUUUAAUGUUGUAAUGAGGUUUUUUUUUUUUUUUUUUUUUUUUGAGAGAGAGUUUAUUUCUGUUUCUGAUCUUUACUCAAAUUGAGUCUCUAUAGUCAAGCUGUUCGUAAAGGCAUUUAUUAACUUUAGCAUGUUAAGAGUACUGAACUAACAUGAAAUUAAAUUGAUCUCUGAAAAGUUAAACAGAAUUGUGUUUAUUUCUUUUAUGCUACUUUUGUUGCACCUGAUCUCACGAGCAUCAGGCCGCCAUCACUAAUGACUAGUCAGUUUUCUGAGGGCCUAACUUCGCUGCUGCCUGUUUUUGAGGCUGCGUGAACUUUUAAUUCGUGUUUACUCAACGACACUUGAUGUACGCCAGUGUGGCAGAUCUUGCUGUUCAACAUUGUAGCAUCCAGAGGGAGAGGAUACCUCCAUCUUCUUUCAAGAAUUAUGGCCCCAUGGUGACAACAACAGGGUCAAAAAGAACAAACACUUCAAACAAGUGCCAAAAAUUGAGGCGAAGUCAGGAGGACAUGAAAAAUAAAAAAUAUCUUCGGAACGGUUACCGCAAAAUCAAGCCACAGCCCCCUAUUGAUAAAGAGGACUGGGAAAAGGAGAUAGAGGAGUUUUCACGCACCAUAGAAAAAAACAACAUGCUUCCUUAUGAUCCAGGAGAUGAACUGAAUACAACUGUAAAGGAGAUGUUCCAGUGUAAUAUCCAGAAUGGCCCAAGCUCAAACCAUGGCAACUACAGCCCAGCAGUUCACCACACACACCCUGUGAAAUGGGUCCGCUAUGUUUAUGCUGUAGUGGCCGACCAGUUUACGGAUGCUGAAGCAUAAGGUGGUCCACUAUCACAGGUUUUUGUUAUAAGUUUUAUGUUUUGACUAGAAAUAUGUUUUAUUUCUGUCUUUGUUAACUCCUUGUAGAUGUGCUUCCUAACAACAAAAGUUAUGAGAGAUUAAUUUGUUUAUAAUGUACUGAGCUCAGUUCAGUGUUGUUUUAAAUACUUUAGUUGUUUUUAGUUUUAGAUCUCUUUAAGUAUUUGAUAUUAAUAUGGAUAUGUUGAAUGUUUAAUUGCUGAUCAUACUUGUCUACAGCUGAUUUAUGUUUUAAUAUCAGUCUGAGCACAAUUUUGAAUUUAAGCUUGUUACUAUAAAAUUCUAUACUUCCCCACUACAUUACGU